AUGGAUGUGACCUUCGAGACGACGCUAGGGCGCCGGUUCACUAUCCAGAUUUGGUACUUCUCCACAGUGAGAAGGAUAAAGGAAUACAUUCUGCGGUACGAGGGCAUCCCCGUGGAGGCGCAACAGCUCUUCUUCAUGGGCAAGGAGCUGCAAGACGACCGCGACACCGAGUACUACUCCAUCUUCCAUGGUUCCCACGUCCUACUUGUCUUGCCGGACCGGGUGGCCGUCUUCUUCGACAAGGUGGAGAUGGAGGACCACAAGGAACUGGCCGAGUACGACCCGCCUGUCGACGGGAUGGAGGUCCGCGUCGUUGUCACGCAGCCGCCGCAGCACAAUAACACGGGGGCAAAGAAGCAUCAGUGGAUGACGGUGAAGGUGAGGCGGGGUCUCCAGAUGGUGGUGCUGGAGGUGAGCAACCUUGACGUUGUCAAGGAGCUACGGACGGAGCUCGGCAAGGUGGCGCCGCAUUUCCUCCAGACGGUGGACGGUGUCUGCUCCUUCGUCUACAAGCAGAACGUCAUGGAUGAGGAUCGCACGCUGCACUGGCAUGAAGUCAAGAACUGUGACACCAUCGAAAUCUUAAACAACGUUGUUACCAGGGGAGAUUAA